AUGCCGGUAACACCGCCAUGGCUUGAACGUUUAUUAUCAACAAAAUUCUUCUCUCCCUGCCAAUCUCAUAUCAACGCACCGCGAAACGAAUGUAACAUGUAUUGUCUGCGUUGUACAGAAUCAUUCUGUUUUUAUUGCAAACAAUCAUGGCAUAACGAUCAUCAAGUAAUUCAAAUACGAAAAUCGUCUUAUCACGAUGUUGUGAGGGUGGCGGAGAUUCAGAAGGUAUUGGAUAUUACUGGAGUUCAAACUUAUGUGAUUAACAGUGCUAGAGUGAUUUUUCUUAAUGAGAGGCCACAAAAUCAGAUUAAGACUACUAAUGCUGUUAUUAGUGCAAGUAAAACCAAUUCACAUUUGUGUGAAAUUUGCACAAGAUAUCUAUUGGACCCUUUUCGUUUCUGUUCUUUGGGUUGCAAGCUUGUAGGAAUAAAGAAAAAUGGGAAUGCAAGCUUUGUCUUAAGCACAAAGAAAGAGGAAGAAAUAGGGAAAAUGCAGGAAAGAAAGUUGCUAUCAAAGGAAGAAGAGGAAGAAAUAUUAAUAAUGCGUGAAGGAAUCCACAAACAACAAGUAUACAAAAGCACGUCUUCUCCUUAUUCAUCUCAACAAGCUUAUUCAAAUUCAAGGAGAAGAAAGGGAAUACCUCAUAGGGCACCCUUAGGACCUUAA